AUGGAAUGGUUGAAGUGUCUGGUGGGGCGGCGGGAGAGGUCGGCGGAGGCCGCGGCCGGGGGUGUCGAGGACGCCCUGGAGACCGCUCAGGAGCGGCGCCAGCGCUGGCGCAGCGUCUACGUCAUAUACUUCACUAUGUUCCAAAUGUCGCUCGGGUUCAGCAUCGUCCUCACCGGCGUGUGGCCCUACCUUGACAAGUUGCAGCCCGGCUCGAGCAAGGAAGCGCUGGGCCUGGCGGUGGGGGCCAGCCCCCUGGGGCAGCUGGCGGCCUCCCCACUGCUGGGCUGGUGGGCUAACCGCGCCGGCAGUGCGCGUGCCCCUAUGUUGGCCACGCUGGCGCUGUUCGUGCUGGCCUCCACGCUGUACGCGCACCUGCACCUCACACGCCCGCACGCGCACCACUGGAUGCUGGUCGCUAGAGCACUUGUAGGAAUCAGCUCUGCAAAUGUAGCAGUAGCUCGGUCGUACCUAUCGGCGGCGACGCGUGAGAGUGAGCGGACGCGGGCUGUGGCGGGCGCGUCCCUAGCACAAGUGCUGGGCUUCGUGGUGGGUCCAGCUCUUCAGGCAGCGGCGGCGCCCCUCGGGCCCGGGCAGCCCUACCCGCCCCCCGGGGACUACGCCCACCUGCUCCGCCUCGACAUGUACACGGCGGCGGGCUGGAUCAACGCAGUCCUGGGACUUAUCAACUUUAUUCUCUUCUUGCCGUUCUGCUUUAAGGAGAGAAAGAUCGCUGCGCGAGAGGCAAUGCUCGCUCACGGCAAGGGAACAGAAAAAGAAGCUUUGAAAGCAAUAAAGCCGGACUACAUCAGUAGCUGGACGCUGGUGGCGGCGUUCUUUGUGCUGGUGUUCAACUUCGUGCUGCUGGAGACGUUGGCCACGUCGCUGACCAUGGACCAGUUCGCGUGGAGCAAGAAGCAGGCGCUGGAGUACAUGGGCGCGCUGAUGAGUGCAGGCGCGCUCGUUGCCUGCGCCGUCUUCGCUCUCAUCACACCCUUGACCAAAAUAUUCGAAGAGAGAGCGUUGCUGCUUUGGGGCGGGUUCCUGCUCACCGGCAUGGCAUCCAUAUUCUGCAUCCCGUGGGGUCCGCAGCCGCCGCCGCUGGCCAGCGGCGAGGGCGCGGGCGCGGAGGCGGGCGGCGGCUGCCCGCAGCACGCGCAGCCCUGGUGCGCCACCUCGCGCGGCCUCUCGCUGGCGCAGUUCCUGCUGGGCUACACGUGCGUGUCCAUCGGCUAUCCGCUGGGAGUCACGCUCAUACAGACCAUAUUCUCUAAGGUGCUGGGCCCGCGGCCGCAGGGCGUGUGGAUGGGCGUGCUGACGGGCGCGGGCUGCGUGUCGCGCGCGCUGGGGCCCGUGUUCGUGUCGGCGGUGUACGCGCGGCGCGGGCCCGACGCCACCUUCGCUUCCACCGCCGCGCUCACCUUCGCCGCGCUGGCCGCGCUGCGCCUGGUGUACGCGCGCCUGCGCCCGCCCGCGCCCGCCCCCGCGCCUGCGCCCGCCGCCCGCGAGCUCCGCCCCCUCACCUCUCCCGCCGGUGCGUCUGCGCGUCCCGACGUGGCG